GAAAUUGAAAACAAAACGUUUUUGUGCAACCCUGGAAUGGUCCACCGCGAUUGUGCUUGCAAUUGCAGUCAGAAUAUUUGUUUUUAUUUUUUAAAAUUUGCAUGAGAAUCUAAUACUUAUUAAGGAAAGUAAUUUACGAUGGAUUCCAGGAAGAGACAGUUGUCUGUUACAGAAGCCAUAACGAUAGAACAUGCGCCGAAAUUUCAUAAACGCAUUCGUCUACAAUCAUCGACUAAAAAUAUAGAUGAACCAAAGCAAUUUAGGGCUCUUCUAGAUUCCACAACAUCAAACAGCAAAGAAAUUCUCGAAUUGAUAGUUAAAAUAUCUGAUGAACGGGAGUUUGAUGAUAUAACAGAAUCACAAAUAAAGGAGCUUAUAUCCAAAUUAUUUGAUCUAUACCGGCAAGAGCGUGAUGGCGAUUCCAUGGUACGCGUAAAGAUAUUAGAUCUUUUAGCCGAUAUCUCCAAAGUUUGCAUGCCACAUAUAAUAAAUGAUCUUUUGGAUAAAAUUAUUUAUAUAUUAAAAGUGGAAAAAUCGAAGAACGUUAUUUCUGAAGGAUUAAAAAGCUUACAUACUAUUGGUACGCAAAACCUAGAGUCAAUAUCGUUUUCAUAUGUGAGGAGUAUAUCAAAUUUUGCGCAGAAACAAUUAAGUAGCGAAAACUAUAGGACACAGAAAAAUGCAUUGUUAGUGCUAUCGACAUUCAUACCACUGCACGAUUCUCAGAAAUGUAUUGUGGAUGUCAUAGCGCUAUAUGCGAACUCACAGGACAUGGGAGUACGAACAGAAGCGCUUCGUUCAAUUUUAAAAUUAGGUGAAAGAGGAGCAUCUCUCACUCCUGAACUCUACAAUUUUGCUGUAGCUGCUAUGAAGGACGACUAUGAGUGUGUACGUAGAGAAGCAUUGAAGUUAGUUUUUAAAUUGGGUGCCACCUGUCCAGAUUACAUGAUCCAAGCUAAUGAAGAAGAGGAACCCAUGCGCUUAAUAGAUUCAGCUUUUAAUACGAUUUGCAUAUCGUUUUCAGAUUUAUGCAUUCGAAUUCGCGUGCAGGCUGCAGAACAUUUAGCACAAUUAAUCCAAGUCAGUCCAGAAUAUCUACAUCAGACAUUGCAUAAACAAGUAAUGAGUAAUUUACGUCGUAAAAAAACGGCACAUGAACGUGGUGUUUCUUUGAUGGCAAGCGGAGAGUUUGCUUCAGGAAAACGAUGGAUGAAAGAUUCACCAUUAGAGUUGAUUGAUACUGAAUCUGUUUCUUUACUUUCUACUGGUGCCUGCGGUGCUCUUGUUAUUGGUCUUGAGGAUGAAUUUCUUGAAGUGCGUGCGGCUACUGUAGAUGCUAUGUGUAAACUAGCACUUUCAAAUCCUGAUUUUGCAGUUACUAGCUUAGAUUUCUUAGUGGACAUGUUUAAUGAUGAAAUUGAAGAUGUAAGAAUUAAAGCUAUUUAUAGCUUAGUGGCUAUUUCACAUCAUAUUGUGUUAAGAGAGGAUCAAUUAGAAAUGAUGUUAAGCUCAUUGGAAGAUUACUCAGCGGAUGUGCGUGAAGCUUUACAUAUAAUGGUAGGAGUGUGCCGUGUUGCAACGGAGUCUUGUCUUAUCCGCGUUGUAUUUAAGUUGCUUGAUGUGCUAGCGAAAUAUCCGCAGGAUAAAUAUUCAACAUUUAAUUGUAUGCGUAAAAUUGGACAAAAACAUCCAAACUUAUGUAUGGCAGUGAGCUCCCGUCUUUUACAAGACCAUCCUUUAUUUCAAAACGCUGAACUCGAUGUUGAGGAUCCCGCAUAUUUAUGUGUGCUUAUAUUACUUUUCAAUGCAGCAAAACAUUUAAUACCAAUGAUCAGUUUAUUUCCGGAUGUUACGCUAAAGCAUUACACAUAUUUACGCGAUGCAAUGCCACAACUGGUGCCACAAUUACCUAUAGAAGGUGCAUCAACCGUAAAAACCAUUGACAAGCAUGAAGGUUUAAGUUCAUUGGAAUAUUUGAAUAUAAUCCUGACACGCAUUCAUGAAAUUUUUGGAAUAGCUCCUGCUCGAAUUCCACUACUGAAAACAGCUCAACUCAAUUUAUUGCGAUUAGGUCAGAUAGAUCCAGAAAUGUUCGGAACUGCAAAUUUCUUGGAAACUUUUUUAGCAGCGCAAAUACAAAUUGCACAGUUACAGAUCUGUACAACAUAUCAACAGAGUCGUGUUCCACUUAAAGAAUCCCUAACACUUCUCAUAAGAAAUUGUCUUAAAUUGCAGCAUAUAUUCUCAGGUCUUACCAAUGAGGAUUUAUUGCUUGUGAAAGAAGUUUGUCUUCGAGCAACUGCAUUGAAUUUAAUUUUAAUAGUGCAGGAUCGUUCACAAAGUGCGCUUGCGCCAUGUCAAUUAUUAUUGAAGACAGCAGCCGAUAUAAGUAAUUUCCUUGAACAAAAAGAAAAUUUACAGCCUGACGAAUUUACAAAUGCGCUAUUAACCGAACUUAUAAAUAUUCCCGAUCCAAAACCAGGUCGAGUGUAUCGUCAAAUUUUACGUUUGGUGCAAAAUGCCUCACUUGUUUGCAUGCCACCGCCUAAUGUAAAUAUACGAAUGUGCGUUGCAAAUAUUGUGGAACCAUGCGCACAAGUGGCGUAUGAUAAUGUUAUAAAGGUGACAGCUGGUCUAAUUGCCUCAUUGCCAUUUGUAGCUGAAAUUAAUAAUAUGCAGGAAUCGCAAAGAGGGGAUAUGCGAAUUAAAGUUAGAUAUCCGGAUCAGAAUGUACAUGUAAUUGUACCGAAAAUGACAGAUUUUAAAAAGAUUAUGACAGAGCAUGGGGAGCAAGAAAGUAAUGUGAGAUUGCGAUCGACUCUGCUGUUAUCACAUAGUGUCUGGACAGAGGCAUCGUUGGUUGAAAUAACUUUGUGUUUGGGUGUGCGACCCAGCACAGACAUAGAGUUGUGCAAAACAAAAAUACUUUUCGCACCUAAACCGGUAAGAAGAGGAAUUUAAGGAUAAGAUAACGAAUCAGUAAGUUUUAUUAUUUAUUAAAUGAUCAAGGAAUGUAUAAUAAAAUAAAUAAGAGAUGAUAGAGUAUAG